AUGUCGGAACAAUUUCCCAUCCAGCCUAUCGGGCGUUUCUAUGCCGCAAGCCAGCCGGUCAAACGACCAAAGCACGACGAUUCUAAGCCUGAACACCUUGGAGCUCUUCUUAAGACGAUCAAAGCUCAUGAAGAGGAGACGGGUCAGAAGAUUGAUGCCCAAAUCGUGACGUGGCGUGGCAUGAUGACCAAGGCAUGA